AUGGAAGAUGGUGAAGGAAGUAAAAGGGCCAAACUAGAUCGAUUUGUGACAAAGACAAAACGCUCUCGGCUAGAAGAACCAUCAACAUCAAAUGAUAAUGUGAAUAUUGGAAGGCCAACUAAUGAUAUCGUCCAAGAAGAACAAGUUCAAGGUAUUCACUCUCAAUUGCAAAUAGAAGUUAAUGUGAACACUAUUGAGGCCGACCCGGGAUUAAGAUUGCCUAUUAGUGUUCUUGCUAAGACUUCAAAAGAGCUUGAAACUAUCCGGAGAGCUUACUUGCAAAAAGGUCCUUGUCAACCUCGACUCCAUACAUUUCCUCAAUCUACUUUAUAUGGACAAGAACGUAGAUUUAGUGCGGAUUGGUACAAUGAAUUUGGUAGUUGGUUGGAAUAUAGUGAAAGUAAAGAUGAGGUAUUUUGCUUAUGUUGCUAUCUUUUUAAGGUUGGCGAUAGUGCAAAAGGGGGUGGUGAUAAAUUUGUUGGUGAAGGUUAUAAGAAUUGGCACAAGAAAAAGAGUUUGAGAACACACGAGGGAAAUCAUGAUAGCGUUCAUCAUCAUUGCUACAUGGCUUGUCAAGAUUAA